AUGCAGCCCGCAACGUGGACUCGCGACCGCGCUGCGCAGCUCGCGGCGCUGUACAGCUCGCUGCGACAGCUGCAGACCUUCUCGGGCGAGGACGAGCGCAUGCGCUGGCGCUGGCGGCUGCACCAGCUGCGGCGGCAGCAGGACAUGGAGCAGCAGGACGCGCCCGACGCUUGGGCCGCGCACAUGGCUUCGCUGCUGACGGCGAUGGAGAAUCAGAUCUCGGCGCUGCCAGUGGAGAGUGAUGGUCGCUUACGAGGCUCGAUCCCCAUUAUGGAGAACGAGACGCUGGCCACCAUGGAAGACACGAGACGAGGCAGCUGGCAGCACAUGUCCAGCUUUGUGCGGGCCGCCUCAGGCCGCACCCUGGGCGCUCUGACGCGCGCCAGCGCCCGGGAUCGAGGACGGUCCUUGCCGCUGUCGACUCGCAUGAGCAUGACCGAGUUCGAUGCAGAGGUGAAGGACGAGGAGACGGGAGAUGAGAUAUCCCUUGCAGUCGCGGCCUUGUCCUUGACGGCGUUCAGACGGCAGGAGAGCAACAGCCUCGGCCACUCGGUGCCGAGCUUGCUGCGGUCUAUGGCUAGCUACUUGGGUCUAUCCAUGGAGGAGACGUUCCUCUGUCAGAUCUGCUACGACUACGCGCCUGUGAGUACGUCGUACGCACUAACGGGGUGUGGCCAUACUUUCUGCGAGGCGUGCUUGAAGAACUAUCUGGAGUUUAAGAUUAAGGAGGGGCAGGUCUAUCCCAAGUGCUUUUUUGAGAACUCGGACGACAAGGCGGCGUGCAAGGCCGAUAUCGUGGUGGAUGACAUCCAGUCGCUAGUGUCCGACGAGGUCUGGCAGAAGUAUAACAAGUUCAAGUUUAACAAGGAGCACGAGCUCGCGCGGCAGUGCCCGUACUGCGACCACUCGCAGAUAUGCGCUGGGAGUGACCACCCGGAGUGCGUUUGUGAGGCUUGCAGCCGCGAGUUUUGCUUCGUGCACAGCAAUGCUCAUCAAGGUCGGACCUGUGCCGAAUACGACAAGCAGAUGAUCGCUGUGGAGAAGCUCAACAAUGCCCUGAUUAGUAAGAUCUCCAAGCCAUGUCCUGGAUGCCAGAACAAUGUCGAGAAGACUGGCGGCUGCAAUCAGAUGAAGUGUGUCGUGUGCAACACAAGCUUCUGCUGGAUCUGCCUCAAGGUCAUCGACGACAGUGUCUUCCCGGAGCACUUUCAGUGGUGGAAUGUCCGAGGCUGCGCAGGCAAUCAGAUGGCAGACAUCGAGGGGCAAGGCACCACUCAAAAGGGCAUCGGUAUGGUGAUGCGGAUUCUCUUCUUCGUGCUGUUUGGCCCGCCUGCGUUCGUACUGGCUGUGGUGUUCUGCAUCCUGUGCUGCUGCUUCCUUCCCUGCACAACCAACGCUCGGCUCACGUUCCGGCAAGCGUUCACGACCUGCUUUUGCGCGUCUGGCUACGUGCUCCUUGCGCCAAUCGUGCUGGCGUUGGGACUCGCUGCCCUCGGCGUGUUCAUCGGUGGCGUCGCUGCUGGAGCUGCAGUGCUGGUUUCGCGUCGCUCGGGGCACGACGAGACACUCACGGCACAUGAUAUCGAAGACACGAACGGCCAAUCGCCCAGCGACCAGACCAUCUUUCGCGUGUCCACCUGA